CCGUGCGGUAAAGUACCGAGUACGGAACAUCCGUCGAAUGUUUUUAUCCUUAUGUUUACAAAUAUGUCGUGUGGUGUAAACGUGUUCAUACCUUAGGCGAAACAAGUUUUAAAAGAUUAUCUUCUGGAGAGCAUAGGGAAUAAUUUGGGAAAAAGGUCCUACAUCUUUUAUUGUCUUGGUUAUAAGUUCUUUGAUAGAUAGGCUAGGUUACAUAUUAAAUAAGCUGUGUUUGUGUAAAUAACUUAGGUAUGUGAUGAAUGGAGAAAUUUCGGAAAAAAAGUUUUUAUUUUUAAGGUGAACCAAACACCACAAAAUGGCCCAAGAAAACGGCAACUCCUCCAUGGAAAUGGGAACCAGUGACCAGAUCCUGGUUGCUACAAAGAAGUCGAAGAAAACCACAUAUGCAAUCGGCUUCGUAGCAAUGUUGGUUGCGAUUGGUGUUGUUAUUACCCUCGUGGUGGUGCUCUCCGGGAACGAGGGAGCUGAAUCUGAACCAAUCUUAACAACCGAGGGGCCCACUUUUCCAACAACAAUACCGACAACGACCACUUCAACGACCACAACAACCACCACAACUACAACAGAAGCGCCUACAACACAGCCUCCGCUGCCGGAAAUAGAACUUGAAGAUAUUAUUAAUGGAGAAUAUUCUUCGCCUUCUUUCAACGGAACUUGGACUUCAGGAAACGAAAUAUUAUUCAGGAAUAGCAAUAACGACUUGGUGCUAUACGAUGUUGACACCGAUAGCCGGACGAUUCUUAUCAGGAACGAAUCUCAGAUAUUGCAACAAUCAUUCCGUGUGACAUCAUUAUCCGCUGAUGGGAACUAUGUGGUGCUUUCUUAUAACGAAGUUUCGGUAUACAGACAUAGUUUCAACGCUCGAUACACGGCUAUCGACCGCUACUCUGGACAAAUGAUCAACAUUGUCCCUCCAGGAGUGGCAGCAGAGGACGCGACCCUACAGAACUUUGUUUGGGGACCUUCAGGAACUUCUUUGUCAUUCGUCUACGCCAACAAUGUAUACUACCAACAGAGUUUAACUACCCCAGCGCAGCAGUUGACGACAACGGGUCUAGAAAAUGAUAUUUGCCAUGGAGUUCCUGAUUGGGUAUACGAGGAGGAGGUGUUUGGUUCCAACAAUGCAAUUUGGUUCUCGACUGAUGGUGCUAAGUUGGCGUACGCAACGUUUAACGAUUCUGAAGUCCGCGUGAUGAAGAUCCCUCACUUCGGAGUUCCUGGAUCUGUCGAGUAUCAAUAUACCACGCACCGAGAUAUUCGUUAUCCCAAGCCUGGCACUAAAAAUCCAUCAGUGAUGGUCACUAUUCGGAACAUCGCGACUAACACUGAUACAAAAUUAAAUGCGCCAUCUGAUCUUGAAGAACCAAUUUUGAAAACCGUAUCAUUUGUCGGGAACGACGAACUUGCUGUCAUGUGGACCAAUAGAGUUCAGACAGCAUUGAGAAUCGAUCUAUGCACGGAAGCAACUCAAUUAAUACCAGCCACUUGCAAUGCGAUCUACAGGUAUACUGAAGAUGAUGGAUGGAUUGACAACAUUCCUCUGCUAUUCAAUACGCAAGGAAAUGCUUUUAUCACCAUUUUGCCAGCGGAAGUGGGCGGUGUUCGUUACAAGCAAAUUGUGCAAGUAACAAAGUUGUCAACUUCCGGUUUAUGGAGUUCAUCGAAUCGCAUCAACACUGCUCACACCGUUGCUGAAAUUUUGCUAUGGACUGAUGAUAAUGUUAUUUGGUACAAAGCGACCGGUAUAACAGACAGGGCUGAGCAACACAUUUACACUGUGACCUCUGAUGGACAAGUGUCUUGCUUUACUUGUAACAUCAAACGACCCGACGGCAAACAAUGUUUGUACAAUGACGCAGUUAUUAGCACCGGUUCCCGUAUCACUGUCAACUGUGCUGGACCGGAGAUACCACAGAUCUACAUCUACGAUAAGAAUGGUACUUUAUUAACAGUAUGGGAUGACAACUCGAGAGUAGCAGAUUUGUUGGCCUUACACACUAUACCAGUGACAUUACAUCAAACGGUUACCGGCAUUGGUCAGACUGAAGCUGAUGUGAUGAUCCAGGUGCCAUCGGACUAUGCAUCCCGCACUAAUGUACCGCUUUUAGUUUAUGUUUAUGGAGGUCCGGACACGGCGCUGGUCACGAAGCAAUGGACUCUUGACUGGGGCACAUCUCUGGUCAAUCGCUACGGCAUUGCAGUUGCACGUAUCGACGGGCGAGGCUCUGGCUUGCAAGGAGUCGAAACUAUGUUUGCUGUGAACAGGAAACUUGGAACAGUUGAAAUUGAAGACCAGAUUUCUGUUACCAGAUACCUCCAGCAGAACCUGAGCUGGGUUGACGGUAACCGCACCUGCAUCUGGGGCUGGUCAUACGGAGGUUACGCUUCUUCUCUAGCGUUGGCUCGCGGAGGUGAUGUGUUCAGAUGCGCUAUUGCUGUCGCACCGGUGGUUGACUGGCGAUACUACGACACCAUCUACACGGAGAGGUAUAUGGACACUCCACAAAACAAUGUUCAAGGCUACUUGAACUCCUCGCUCUUGACUGACGAAGUGGUGGAGGCAUACAGAAACAAGCGCUACUUCCUUGUGCACGGCACAGAAGAUGACAACGUGCACUACCAGCACGCCAUGUUGAUAUCCAGACUGCUGCAGAGGCGAGAUGUCUACUUCCAUCAAAUGAGUUAUACAGACGAAGACCAUGGUUUGGGCGGUGUGAGGCCGCAUCUUUACCACGCACUGGAGAAGUUCCUAAAAGAAAACAUGUUUUAGAUGUAAUAGGAAAUUAUUAUUAAUUAAGUGAAUUUCUAUAAGAACAAAUGCAUUUUCUUGAAAUCCAUUCCAGUAAAGUAUUGUUACAAUAAUAAGUGUUAACUUUGAAGCAAGAUAUGAGAAGGGUAAAUGUGGGAGUGUCUUGGUACAAGAACUGUACUAGAUUAGAUACAUUAAAGUCCAGUUAUUUGGUGCUUGAAUACCAAAUGGCUGGACUAUUGAAGUUUUUUUUAUAGUCGAGGCUUUAUUAUUAUUUUUAAUAAGAGUUACCUUAACAAAGUAAUAAAAGUAUGCACUAAAAAUCAGUAAUUUGCAGCAAAAAUGCGAAAUUAAUGGACUUUUUAUAAUUUUACUAAUCAGUCCCGAUUAUUUCAUUAUUACUAACACGAUUUACCUUUCGAAUAUUUACAAACAAAAUAUUCGAAAGAAAACGAUAGAAGCGUAAUAGUAACAGUCCGGUCAACUGGUGUUUAAAUACUGAAGGACUGGAAUAUUAUGGAUUAUAAUAAAACAAUUCUAGAUCAUUAAUAGGAGCUUCCAAAAUAGUUCAAAUAAAAAGUGGUAGGAGCGCAAUAGAUAGUUACGUUAUAGUCCACUUAUUUGGUGUUUAAGUACCAAAUGGCUAAACCAUUAAGGAUUUUAAUCAACCAAUGCUAUUUUAUAAUUUUUUGGUUAACACGUAACAAGAUUAAGGUAAAAAUAUAUUUCCGAUCGUGUAUCAACUAGUAGUUUUCAACGAAUUGAGAUUUUAAUUUCAAUAUCUUAACCGCUCUGUAUGAAUUAUUAUGCACUAUCCAAUAACCUGUAAAUACAAGAUACCAAAAAAAGUUAGAGCUCUGAUAGUUAAUAAAGAUUAGUUCAGUCGAAUUAUUUAAAAAAAACAUUCAGUUCUGCCAAUUCGCAGGUAACUAAAAUAAAAUAUACCUUCCGAGUGUAAAUCCGUUCGGUAGCGGACGGGGACUCUGUUUUAUAAUAUGCUAAGGUAAAUUUUCCGUGUAUGAACUUGACAAAAACUUAUAUUAUUCGUUAACUCAGCUCCUAAUGUUCGUAGCGUGAUGGUAAUAUUAUAUGUAUAGGUAUAGAGAGGUAAAAUCCACGUACUUAAUUAGGUUACUUCACAUAUACAUACAACUUCUGGAUGGAAAUGGUUCUGGAUUCGUACUCUUAGUUUAACUUCCUACUAUUAAUCAACAACAUUAAUAUAUAGAAGAAUUAUAAAGUUUUGCUCAAAAAUUAUAUAGCCAAUUUGUUUA